GGCAGGUCCACCGUGGAAAAAGGCGGGACCGAAGAGUCGGUUUAGCUUCUGCCACAAUUCACUUCUCAUUUGGUUUCCCAAUUCCCAAUACCCAAACCCCACCGCUGCAUCUCCUUCAUUCUUCUCGACACUGUUGCUUCCCUCCUGCACAAUCUGAUCGGUCCUACUAAUGGCCGUUAAUUCCAUUUUUCACCUAAAUCCUCCUUCAACAAGUUUCUCUUCAAAUCUCUCUCUUACUCGACAACAACCUUUCCAAAUUGGUGAAUAUCGAUUAUGGAGGCGUCGGAGAAUCAAAGCCAAUGUCAAAUAUAUAGUCUGCUGUCAGUUAGGUCCAUCGCCGUUCGAGAAUUUGUUCCAAACUUUACUUUCUCGUUUUCCUUCCGUUUAUUCCUUGGAUUUCUUCGCUCCUGCUCUAGCUUUAUCAUCUGGCACCGCUCUCUAUCUAUCUCAACUGAAUCGAGAUCCUGUUACUGGAGUUACGGAUACCGAACAGUGGACGCUGUUCACCAGUUCGACGAUGUUUAACCGUUUUGUUUUCUUACGUUGUCCUUCUCUAUCGUUUGAAGGAAGUGGAUUGUUUGAGGAUCUGAAUGAGAAGUUAGUGAAGGAGGAUAGACAUUUUGUGAGGUUGGAUAGUGGAAGGAUUUAUGUUAAGGAUAGUAAAAUUGAUACUGUAACUGAAGGGAGAGAAAAUUUAGUUUACCAGAGAGUAUGUGUUAGCGCUGAUGAUGGUGGAGUAAUUUCUCUUGACUGGCCUGCUACUUUGGAUUUGUCUGAGCAUGGAUUAGAUACUACACUCGUGAUCAUUCCAGGUACGACAGAAGGAAGUAUGGAUGAAAAUAUUCAGUUGUUUGUGCGAGAAUCUUUGAGACACGGUUGUUUUCCCAUUGUGAUGAAUCCGAGGGGUUGCGCUGGCUCUCCAUUGACCACAGCAAGGCUGUUUACAGCUGCUGACAGUGAUGAUGUUCGCACAGCCAUACAUUUCAUCAACAAGACAAGACCUUGGACAUCAUUAAUGGCUGUUGGCUGCGGUUAUGGUGCAAAUAUGUUGACGAAGUAUUUAGCAGAAGUAGGUGAAGGAACACCUAUUAUAGCUGCAAUGUGCAUAGACAACCCUUUUGACUUAGAAGAGGCCACAAGGUUGUCUCCUCAUCGUAUUUAUGUUGAUCAAAAGCUAACAAGAGGUCUCAUAGACAUUCUCCAUUCUAAUAAGGAAUUAUUCCUGGGCAGAGCAAAAGGAUAUGAUGUGGAAAAUGCAUUGCAAGCAAAAUCUAUCCGUGAUUUUGAUAAAGCAAUUUCUAUGGUGUCAUAUGGCUUUGAUGCUAUAGAAGAAUUUUAUGCUAAAUCAAGCACAAGGACUGUUGUUGGGAAAAUAAAAAUUCCUGUUCUCUUUACACAGACCAAUGAUGCAUAUGCACCUUUGUUCUCUAUUCCGCGAUAUCUGAUAGCAGAAAAUCCAUAUACAAGCCUACUACUUUGUUCCUGUCUUCCAUCUGAUGCCAGCACUACAUCUAUUAUGUCAUGGUGUCAGCAACUUGCGCUGGAGUGGCUUGCGGCUGUGGAACUUGGACUUCUAAAAGGACGUCAUCCUCUUUUAGAAGAUGUUGAUAUCACUUUUAAUCCUUCACAAGGAGUUUCUCUGGUGGAAGGCAGAGUAUCUGAUAAUAGAAAGUUGAGAAAGCUUCUCAACACCCAGUCAGAUUCUCUGUUUCCUUCGCAAAAGAUUCUAGAAGAUGAGAAUGCCUCAGCUGACUUCCACUCAGGAAUUGCAUCAGAUUUGCAAAGAAACCAAACUGAGAAUGAAGAGGUGCGGCUAAACGUCAGUGUUGCCACAGAGAAGAGUGAACCUAUUGGUGUGGGAGGAGAAGUCAGUCCCAUAGAUGAUGAUGAAAGGGCCCAAAUCGUACAGUCUUCACAGGCUCUCAUGAAUAUGGUUGAUGUCACUAUUCCUGGUGUACUGACAGAUAAACAGAAGAAGAAGGUCCUUAUUUCUGUCAGUGAAGGGCAGACCUUUAUGAAAGCUUUGGAUGAUGCUGUGCCUGAGGAUGUUCGUGGGAAGCUGACAAAUGCUGUGAGUGAAAUCUUGCACAAGGGUGGGACAGAUAUGAAGUUUGACAGGAUUCUGAAAAUUGGGAUGAGCUCAAAGAUCCAGGAAAAAAAUGUUGUAUCGAGUGCUGAGAACCAUGAAGGUCACUCAUAUUCAGAAAAGAAAAACAAAGUUGAUCAGAUUGAAGAUCAUUCCAGUGGCAAUGAACUUAACACAGAUAAAACUAUUGGGGUUAUAGAGUCAGAAGUUCAUGCUAUAGAGACUGUUGAACAAAACAUAGAGAAAAGUCAGUUAUCAUCCUCUGCUGAUGCUGACAAGGAAGAUGUUCAAGGGGAUGUGAAUGUUGAAAAUGCAGUUAUUACCCAGGAUAGCUUGACUGAAUAUACUGAAUUCAAAGAAAGUGGGCCAGAACCUACAUCUAAUCAAGAUUCUUCUGUCCAAUCAAAGAAUGUAGUGACACCAGAGGAUGCAACUGCAGCUACAAACAUGGUGGAUCAGCAGAAUGGAGCAGUCAGGACAGAGACAAAAGAGGAGAAUAACAAGCAGCAGAAUGAAGAUCAAAUGUUAGUUAGUUUAGCGGAUCAAAAGGUGAUUUCAGGGAUGGAAGAAAGGUCUUCCCAACCUGUGUCUCCUUCUGAGUCCCAAUCGGUUGAAGAAGAAGGUGUUGAUAGUCCCAAAAGGGAGGAACCAAGUUCUCAUUCUGUUCCUAGUCAAAAUGGUUCUCAUCCUCCAACUUUCACUGUCUCCCAGGCAUUUGAUGCCCUGACAGGACUGGAUGAUUCCACACAAGUGGCUGUAAGCAAUGUAUUUGGUGUGAUUGAGGAAAUGAUUACUCAUCUUCAAGAGGAACAAGAUCGUGAUGAAGAUAAAACCACUAAGAAAGGGGUAGAGGGUAACACAAAUGUAUCUGAAAAUCAAGCAAAACUUGAUUCUGAACUAGAAGACCUUGAUACACAUUUAAAACCAUUGGAUAAUAACUUAUCAGAAAAUCAUGCAAGAAGGAUUGAGAAUACAAGGAACUCAAGUCUUUUAAUUGGUAACAAGACAGAAAGCUCAAUUGAAAAUGCUGCUACUAGUAAUGUGAACUCCAAGGAAAAUGAAAUGAGGGAAGAUAUACAGAGUAGCAAACUUAUGGAAAACAUCUCAGGUAAAGGUAGAUAUUUAUAUCAUCAUCCACCAUUUGUGAGCUCAAUCCCAUAUGGUUCCUACGCUCUCAAAGAAAACAUCCACGGGCACUUGCUUCCAAAGAAACUUGAUAAAAAAGUCCGACACUUGGAUAUAGAUUCUACUUUAUUACUUGACUACAUUCCAGAUGAAGAUAGUUGGAAGCUUUUAGAACCAGAAAAUUGUGGCCGUCCUCGUCAUAGUUUAACUAGUGGGAAGAAUGUUGAUGUAGGUGGUGAACUAUACACACUUAAGGAUGAUGAUUCUGUGGAUGAAGAUAUUGAACCUCUUUACACUGUUUUGGAUGCUGAUGACCAACUGGAACAAGAUAGAGAGUAUAUCAAUGCAGAUAAAACUAACAAGAAAUUUGAAAUUGACCAUGCUACAUCCGAGAACUUGAUCAGCUUCAAGAAAGUUAUAUCAAAUGCUCUGAAGGUUGAAGUUGGUCGAAGGCUGAGUGCCGUAGACAUGAAAAGUCUGGAACCCGCCCUUUCAGAUGACGUUGAGCAAAUUGCUGUGGCUUUAUCUCUGUCUGCAUGGUAUACACAUAAAACAGUCUUUUAUGGAAAAGAUGGUAACUUUAAGAAACUUGAUUCACUUUAUGGAACUGAAAUAGUGGGAGCAAUAUCAUUGGCCAUGCAGGAAACACGUAUUUUGAGAAGAGUACUCCCUGUUGGUGUUGUUGUGGGCUCUAGCUUGGCUGCUUUGAAGAAAUAUGUCACUAUUAGUACUUUCAGUAGUCACGAGGGACGUGAAAUCGUGGUCCCUGAUGAAAUGGGUAGCUCCACAAAUAGAGAUCCAAUCCAGUCAAUCGAAACAGAAAUUGAUGAGAUUCUUCCUCGUGUUUCCGAGCAGAUCAGCGUGUCUAAAAGCGGAGAUGAGAAGAAAUCUACGUCUGAUUCUGGAAUGAGUGGUGGUUCUGUGGUAGUUGGCGCUGUUACAGCUGCUCUUGGGGCAUCUGCUUUACUGGUGCAUCAACAGGGUGUGAAGGAUUUAGAUGACAGUGAAGAAACAUUGAGCUCCUUUUCAAAUUCCUUUGAGGAGAAAGGAAAUAAUCACAAAGAGUAUGAAAAGCUCGAGGAAACAUCUGACAAAAGCCAGAACAACAUAGUUACAAGCUUAGCAGAGAAAGCUAUGUCGGUUGCUGCUCCUGUUGUUCCCACAAAAGAAGACGGGGAAGUUGACCAAGAAAAGAUAGUCUCCAUGUUGGCAGAAUUUGGACAAAGAGGUGGUGCACUGAAGCUGGUUGGCAAACUUGCUCUGCUCUGGGGUGGUAUGCGUGGUGCUAUGAGUUUGACUGAUAAGCUUAUCUCAUUUCUGAAACUUUCUGAACGCCCUUUGUUUCAGAGGCUACUUGGAUUUAUGGGUAUGGUUCUUGUUUUAUGGGCGCCAAUUGUUGUUCCAUUCCUUCCGUCGCUUGUCCAGAGUUGGACAACACAAAAAUCUGCAAAGUUUGCUGAGUUUGCUUGUGUUGCUGGAUUCUACACUGCUGUUACAAUACUUGUCAUUUUAUGGGGGAAAAGAAUACGCGGGCAUGAAAAUCCUAUAGAGCAGUAUGGACUUAAUAUUACUUCAUCGCAGAAGGUCCAAGAUGUUUUGAAGGGAUUUAUUGGAGGAAUCAUGGUAGUUUUCUCUAUACAUUACGCGAAUGCAUUACUUGGAUGUGUCCAUAUAUCAUUUCCUUCUUCAGUCUUUCCUACAGCUAAGAUGAUCCUGCUCGGUUUUCGAGCAAUCAUAAUCUCCAUCAGUGUUUCUAUGGUGGAAGAACUAAUAUUCAGGUCAUGGUUGCCCAACGAAAUUUCUCUGGAUGUAGGAUAUCAUCAGGGGAUUAUUAUUUCUGGUCUCAUCUUUGCUUUAUCUCAGAGGUCAGUAUGGGCUAUUCCAGGGUUGUGGCUACUAUCAAUAGGUUUGGCAGGAGCACGGGAAAGGAAUGAGGGUAGCCUUGCGGUUCCUAUUGGCUUACGGGCAGGGAUGAUGAGUUCGAGUUUCUUAAUACAAAGGAGUGGAGUGUUAACUUAUUCACCCAAUUUACCACCUUGGUUAGCCUGCAGUCAUGUAUUCCAACCGUUUAGUGGGGUUUGUGGAAUUGGUUUCUCUUUACUUUUGGCUAUACUUCUCUACCCAUGGCAACCAAUCCAACUUAAAACUAGAAGAAGACCAAUAAGUGAUUGAUUGAAGUCGAUGAACUAAUUUCAUUGGCGGCCACAUUCAGAUACCACGAAAAUCAACAAACACUACCAAAUGAAAGCAAAGAUGUAAGUGUUUAGUUAUGUUUAUAGUUUUCUCUACUCAUCAUAUAUGUUGUUGUAUAUAUGGCUUAUAUUUUCUUAAUUAUAGAAGCCCCAUGACAAAUGUGGGAUUUUCAAAUGGGUUAUACACCAAUUAAGUUUAGAGUUGAUUUCA